UUAUGAAGUUAUAUUAUAUUAUCUAUGAAUCUAUUGUAAUUUUUAUUUCUCAAGAAAGUUUUAUGUAAAUCAGCAAAUUAGUUUGACAAAGAAGACAAUAUUAUAUUGCAUAUACAUGCAAGUGUAUAAAGUCUCAUAAACGCAAAUUAUAUUAAUCUGCCUCGGUAGCAUUGUUAAUUAAUCCCAUCUAAGUGAUUGACAGUAAGAACAGCUGAUCAUAAGAAACAUAAAAACAGACAUUACAAAUGAUGGAAGGAAUUGCUGUCACAGUGAUAAUAAAAGCACCGAAUCAGCAGAUUAAAGAUCAAAUCAUAAAUUGUGACAUUGGAUGGACUGUUGGCCAAUUAAAAGAUCAUUUAACCGAUGUUUAUCCUAGUAAACCAGAACGAGCAACCCAGAAACUCAUAUAUUCAGGACAAUUAUUAAAUGAUUCUAUGUGUUUAAAAGAUGUAUUAAGGCAUUGUAAUGGACAAGAAGAUCAAACUUAUAUAGUUCAUUUAGUCUGUGCUUCGCAAAAAAUAUCUACAAAUAAAAUAACUGAUCAAAUCAUAGAAAAUACAAAUAUUUCUAGUGCAAGAAGUACAGUAGAACAUACCAGAUUAAAUAAUACAAAUAGUAUUCAAAAUCAAAGUCAACAUAUUAAUAAUAUUACUAUGCAACAUACUCCAGCACAAUUAUAUUCUACACAACAAUAUUUUGAUCCACGAAAUAGUCAACAAAUGGCUUGGAUGCAACAAGCAUAUACACAUUACUUUACACAAUAUAUGCAAUUAAUAGCAGCACAAGGAAUACAAUUACAAACUAGCAUUCCAUAUGUUCAACAAAUGAAUAUCAAUACAAAUGAUGGUGUUCAAAAUUCAUAUACAAAUAACACAAAUAAUAAUAGUAGUAAUAACAACAAUAACAACAAUAACAACAAUAAUAAUAAUAAUGUAGGUGAUGAACAACAACAACCUGCUGUUCAAGAAAUUGAUGUUAAUGCAGGAAAUAAUGGUGCUGGAGAAGAUGGUGCAUUUAAUAGAGAUUGGCUAGACGUUUUUUAUAUGCUAUCCAGAAUUAUUGUUUUUUUUAGUAUGGUAUAUUUUUAUUCAUCCCCUCUAAGAUUUCUUAUUGUUACAUUUCUUGGCUUUGCAAUGUAUCUAUUUCAGGGUGGUUUCUUUCGAGUUCAACCUAUUCUUUUACCUGAAAAUAAUAAUGGUAGAGGAGAUCGGGUAGAUAAUAAUAAUCAAAUGUUACAGAAUGAAGCAAUAGGUCCUGAACCUGUACCACAGCAACAAAAUGGUCAAGUGCCAACUGUGCAAGCAGAAGCAAGAACAAAUGCAAAUGAAGAACAUGAAGAAGAAAGACCUGGUGCACUUGCUUUUACAUGGACAUUUUUCAGUACAUUUUUUGCUUCACUUAUUCCAGAUCAACCAAAUGUUAUAUAAUUUUAACAAAUUUAUUAUUCAAUCUUAUUGUAAAGUUAAUUUUUUUUUCUUUCUAUACAUGCUUUCAAAACAAAAUCAUCAAACCUAAUGAGGUAGUCUCUUUUUACAUGUAUAUUUAGUGAAUAUUGAUAUUAAAGAAAACUUCAUUAAGAAUUCUAAAAAUAACAUUUUUAGAAAAACAAUUUGAAAAAAUUUUACAAAUUUUUCAA